UCCAUGCGCAAUUGAAAUUUGCGCGCAAUGAUUAAUACAGCUAAAUAUUUUGCUUUGCUGGAAAAUUUAAGCUUUAAACAUGCUGCAACCGGUGGAAAAGAGUCAAAGGACAGCCCUGGAUUGGAAGUUCUUCAAGCUAAUUUAAAAAUAUUGUCGAAUUAUGUUCAAAAGGAUUUAAACGAGCAGAUGCAAGAGCUGUGCAUAGCGCUACAAGUGGAGCAGGAGAGUGAUCAGAUAGAUUUGAAAAACUGCAUCAAUUGCUAUAUUAUCCAACUGUUACACGUGUUGCACACGCUGAGUAUCAACAUAAACUUCCAGAGCGAUGCAAAGGAGGAUUUAAUUUCGGUGGCUCAUCUAAAACUUUGCAUACGGGCAACGCAGGAGCUCAGCUAUUAUGCGUUGCGUUCGCAGCUGCAUGAGGAUUUCUAUAAGUCAGCCGUUUUCAAGGAUGUUCAGCGUGUCAGCUGCUAUCGCACUCUGAUUUACCUCAGUGUACAAAUGUUCAUUCGCCUGCUCGCCAUACGUCAGCUGCACAUAGCAAAUGCUAUGGAGCUAGUGCAGCGAGAUCUGCUGGCGACCGUAAUUAGUCUGCGCGUAGCUCAGCCCAGUCCGGAACAACUUCUGCAACUGAAUGCGGCGCUCGCUUAUCUAUGGCACAAUGAAUCCAAAGCGGAUUACUUUAGACACGUGCUGCUGCUGAAGGCAACUCCAAAUCUAUCUGCUCCAUUGGCCAAAGAGCUCCAUCAUCAACUGUUGAACAAACUGGGUGCAACGCAUGGCUUUGCCAGCCUCUUGGCUGCUCUACAAACACCGAACGCUACGCAAACCGCUGAAGUUGUGGCUCAGAUUGUGGCGCAGCGCGGCUUUUCGUUGCGUCUGCAGCAGCGCCUGAUUGAGCAGAUCUUCGACUUCUGUGCCAUGCGGACGAAUGGCAUAAUAGCGGGCGUGCUAAGCCUGCGUCGUCUCUACGAACUGAAUGUGGAAAAUCGUGAGUUCGUGGAGCGUUUACUCAGCAGCUAUUGGCUGCCUUUGACAUCUCCCGCUGACUUGCUGAAUGGUCUCAUUGUCUGGGAGCAGGCGCAGCUGUGCGCGUGUAUUCGCCUCUGGGAGCAACUUUUCUGCAGCUCCAGCGUCGCUUGUUUGCCCAGCGUGCUUCUGGUGCCCUUUGUGCCGCUUCUUCUGCAGCUAUACAAACACCUCCCACACAUUCUAACUAAGCGAAACGCAUUGGCUGCCUUAAUCUUGCGAUGCUUGGAUAAUAGGGAGUCGAAGCAGGAGCUGCCUGCCGUGCUGCAGCGCCUGUAUAGCUUGGACAGGACUGGUUCGCCGCCUUGGCAAGCCUUGCAUCCACGUCUGGCUAUCAAGCUAUCCUCUCAGUCUGGUCUUGUUACAGUGCAAGUGGAGCAAGAACAGGAGGAGGAAAACUAUUGUCGAGCCCUGACGGCUCUGCUUAAGGCUGGCAGCGAUCACACGUUAACUGCGAAGAUUUUUCUGGCUCUGCUUGAGCUGAUGCUGCAGCAGCUCCAGGUCACCCAACACACAAGCAAUGAGUUGCUCUCCACCGAAACUGAACUGGCCGAUUUCCUGCACUCAAAAUAUCACCUAAAACUGGAGCUCCUCGUGGCUCUGGAGCAGCUCAUUUGGCAUGAGCCGCUUAAGGCGCAGCUGGUUGCCACUCAGAGUAAAAACUUUAUUCAGCUGGUGGCCCAAUUGAUGGCCAUCACAGUGCAGCCUUCGGAGAUGGCUGAACAGAUGCAGUUGCUCAUAUUGUUACUGCUGCAGGAGCUGCUCGAGCGCAGCGAGCAAAUGCAGCUAUCAGAGUCCACUCGCCAGCUACAAGAGCCACUGCAGAAAUUGGCAAGUGGAACAUCAAAUCCUUUGCUGCUGAAUGCGCUGCAGCCGCUGCUCGAAUUGGUUGGCGGGAAGCAACAGAACCGUUCGACUCCCUCAGCUCCCGCCUCUCUCGCAUCCUUUCAGAAAGCACGUGAGCUCAUCGAAAACGAGCAGCCGCAUCUGCAGGUCUAUGGCAUACAAUUGAUGCUGGAGUCUCUGCGUAACAAGGAUCCCACUUUUCUAUCCCAAUCCCAUCGCAUCAUAGCGCUGGCACUGAGCACACUCAAGCAGAAGGAGUCCUACACAUUUCUCAAUUGCGUCCGUCUGUUUGUGCAGUUGGUGCACAUCAUGGAGGCCGAGGUGUUGGAUCUGCUCAGCGAUGAAUAUCUGUCAGAGACAGCCGAUCUUGACUAUCGUCUGGUUGUGGGCGAAGCCAUACUUAAAGCAGCUCAAGAAAUUGGUCCUCUCUGCUAUCGUUAUAAGGCCGUCCUCAUCAACUGCUUUCUGCACGGCGCUCGCUCGUCGCUGGAUGAAUUUCGCAGCUCCGCCUAUGCGAACCUGGCGCAGCUCUGUCGCCUGCUGACCUACCAGGUGCACAGCUUCUUCCAGGAGCUGCUGCAGCUUAUUGACGCCGAGCUCAGCUCUGGGCGCUAUUUGCCUGCCAAGCGGGGCGCCUUGCUGGUGCUUGCCGAGCUAUUGGCCGGCAUGGACAGCCUGUUGAACUACCAGGACAUGCUCUUGCCCAUCUAUCGGCUGCUGCGUGCCAUUGAGGCCAACGAAAACUGUGAUCCACAAAUGCGACAACAUGCGGCCAAUGGCCUCAAAGUCAUAAAUGAAAAGUGUCGUGAGCUGCUGAAGAGCGAAGCGCCUGUGCAGCAGCUGCAGAGAGAGAUCAAGGUGCUGGGCAUUAAGGAGCCCUCAGCGAAAUGCAAGCGGCAUAUACUGGAGCUGAAUUAGGGAGAAAGGGAUUUGAAUAUAUAAUACA